UCUCGCCCACCGCUCGCGAAUCCGCUGGACGGGAGCGGCGCGUCGCACCUCCACGCAGCACGCAGCACGCAGCCGCCGCGUAUCCCUCUCCCUCGCCUCGCCGCCCCCACGCCCAUGGCCGCCUCCGCGUCCUAGACUUAUCGCGCCUCGCCACGCCGCUCUGCCUCGGGAUCGAGCGGUACCAGAUGCUCUACCUGGCCGCCAUCCGCAACCUCUGCGCCGCCUUCGACGCCGUCGCGCUCACCGUCAUCGCCGCGGGGCUCUCCCGGGCCUCCGGGUCGCAGCCCCGCCGCCACCCCUUCUCCGCGCACGCUCACUCCACGCACCCCGCCGACUUCCCCACCAUCGCCGCCUGCCGCGCUGCGAUCUCCGCCUCCAAGGGUAGCCGCGGCCGCCAGCCCUCCCCCGCCGCGGCCGCCGCCGCUAAGGACGAGACGCCGGUGCUUGUCAGGAUCAAGCACGAGCGGGACCCGGAGCGGCUGUACGAGCUGUUCAGGGCCAAUGCGCACAACCGUCUCCUGGUGGAGAACCGCUUCGCGUUCGAGGAUGCGGUGGCGCGCCUGGCAGGUGCUCGACGAAAUGACCUUGUGGAGGAGAUCCUCGAGCAGCACAAGGCGCUUCCCCAGGGGAGGCGGGAGGGGUUCGUGGUCAGAAUCAUCGGCCUGUACGGGAAGGCCAGGAUGCCGGAUCAUGCACUUCGGACAUUUCAGGAGAUGGGGAUGUAUGGGUGCCGACGCACGGCCAAGUCGCUCAAUGCCACCAUGAAGGUGCUGAUACGAGCACGGCUGUUUGAUGAGGCUCUGCAGCUGUUUCAGGAGGGGCCGGAGAAGUGCGGCGUUGAGCUGGAUGACAUCUCGUAUAACACAGUGGUGAAUAUGUUGUGCAAUAUGGGGGAACUGCGUGCAGCGUACCGGGUUAUGCAGGAGAUGGAGAAGGAAGGUUUGCCACCGGAUGUCAUCACGUACACAACGCUCAUGGCUGCGUUCUAUAAGUACGGUCAGCGUGAAGUUGGGGAUGGUCUGUGGAACCUCAUGAGGUUGAGGGGUUGCAAGCCGACACUUGCCAGUUACAAUGUGAGGAUCCAGUUCCUGAUUAACAGGAGAAGGGGCUGGCAGGCUAAUGAUUUGGUGCGGAGAAUGUAUGCGGCAGGGAUCAAACCGGAUGAGAUCACAUACAAUCUAGUUAUUAAGGGUUUCUUCAUGAUGGGCGAGCAUGAGAUGGCCAAUACAGUCUUUGGUGCGAUGCAUGGGAGGGGAUGCAAACCAAACAGUAAGGUUUACCAGACAAUGGUGCAUUACCUGUGUGAGAGAAAGGACUUUGAUUUGGCAUUCAGGUUUUGCAAGGACAGCAUGGAGAAGAACUGGUUUCCGAGUGUCGAUACUAUUAACCAACUAUUGAAAGGUCUCAUGGCAAUAUCAAAAGAUAGAAACGCGAGAGAGAUAAUGAAGUUGGUUACUGGGAGAAAAUCAUCAUAUUCAGAUGAUGAAAUGAAGGUCUUCAGAGAUAUAUUGUCUCAUGGAAAAACUGGAAGAUAAGUUGAAGGCUGGAUAGGAAAUUUUACUGUAAAUCCACCACAUGUAACUGUAAGGUUGUUGACAUUCUUUUAUCCCAUUGUUUUUGCAGUCAAGUUAAAAUAAGGUAGAUUGAGGGGUUUUGAAUAUUUAAUCAUCCUUUCAGACUCCUCAGAUAGCAAUUGUUCACGUGCUUAACAGAAUUUAGUAUAAGUUAUGGGAGAAUCUUAACCUCUAGCAGAAAUAUCAUGGAUUAUGAAGACUUUAAGAGCCGAAGAAUCUGUAUUGUACCUUACAUUGGCUAAUGUUUUGAAAUUUCUUAAACAGAUUGUGUUCAAAAUAAUUGAACAUAAGAACAUUCCAAAAUAUAGCUAUUGCUGAAUGAGUGAAUGUUGUUGAAGUAAUGAAGCAUUUCGUGCAGUAUUCCAAUCUAUGUUUGGUAAAAUCUGAUCUUGUUAUGUUUUCUUUUUUCGUUUUGCCAUCUCACGAAAAUAGAAGUUCGUCUGCCCUUUCUAGAACAAGAAGCACUUUUCCUUUGCCUGUAAGUUUUUCUACCUUUGGAUUGAUGAUUUUUUGAUAUUGUGAAAGAAGCAUACAAAACAAAGUCAUUUGAACUGGUUUCUUUUUUUUAUCAGCCAUAUGAUAGUUCAUUAGUUUUUAAAUUCAUACUGCAUGUUUUCUGUUAAAAAUGCUGAGUUUCUUGACAACAAUGUUCAAAUCUGUGAAUGAUCAAUACUAGUUUUCGAUUUACCAGAGUUACUACUUGUCACUGAAUGACCAAAAAGUAACUAACUUGGAAUGCUACUUCUAUGGUGCAAUGCAUCCACCUUUUCCAAUCAUUUGUGCAGAUUAGUUGUUAAUGUGCAUUGCCAAAACAAACUAAUGUCUAGGAUAAUUUAAUAUAGUUCUUAAAUCUGUGAACUUUUUGUGCCCAGGGUACCCGAUAUAAUUGGAACAUUGGGAUUCUUAACAUGAUUGAAAUGAUGAACAUGAGCUGUGCAAUUGUACAUAUCCUUUUUCUGGCUAUUUUGGUGGACUUAAAAUACAUAGCAUUGAUCAUUCUGUCAUCAUCAAUUUGAAAUCUCACAUUGUACUUUUUAUCGUAUGUUUGCCACUUGGGGACAGCUCAUUACCCCUUCCACCUGCUGAUAAUCAUGUAGCUUUAAGUUUUAGUAACUGCCACAUUAGUUUUGUUUUUAUUGUUUUAGAAGGCUUUACAUGAGUGUUCUCAGGGCAAAGUUCUGCAUUCUGCUGAAAUGUGAAAUGUAAGUGAAUAACUGAAGUAAAAAAUCUAAAUAAACUAAAAGUUACUCAAUUUUGAACCCUCGUCUUAAAACAUAACAGUAGCGCUUCAGGUCUUUCAGUCUCGGCCGUUGUUUUCUCUCUUAAAGUCCCAAAUGAUAUUCGAAUGUUCUCGGAACAAACUAUGAGAUGCAUGGAAUCCUGGGAGUUUCAUCAUGACGAGUUGAUAAAUAUGUCCUUUUAAGGCCCUUUCAAUUCAAUAAUUUCAAUGUUAUUGAUACUAGCAGCAAGUACCACCAUGUGCUCUUUCUUUGCAGCUUGCAGUCACUUGACAGUUGACGGUCUUUGACAAGCUUGACUGAAAGGAGAUGAGAGCAAGGAAUAUAAUGGAAUAGAAAAUACAUGACAACGGAAGUUCUGGGAAGGGGAUUGUAUGCAUCCAAGCAGCGUCAACAUCUUCAGAGCGACUGGAUGUCCUGAGGCAACGACUUUUCCGAUGAGGUUUGUGGCGGUGGUUUGGUUUCUACCGAGAUUUCUCCAUUGGCGGGUUUAGAGGGAGGUCACAUGAGGUAGUGCGGACCGGCGGUGGUGGUGGGCGUGGGGCUGCGAGGCGGUGGGUACGCCACUGGCUAUGGGCGGGGAAGGAUUGCUGGAUGGGCGGUGUUGGGGCAAUGGUUCCGGUGGAGUUGGGUUAGCGCGACGUGGCUGAUGGUGGUAGAUCCGGGAUGCCGGAGAUGAGUGCAAGAGGGCAGGUCGGGGGAGAGUGUCGCGUUGGCUCUUAUUACCAUUUAGGAUGGACAAAAAGCUCGAAGCUCGUGAGUUAGCUUGACACGGCUCAAUUCUUUGUUGAGUCGAGCCUAGGUUUUAGCUUAUUUAUUUGGAUCCUGUUUGGUAUAGCUCGGGCUUCUAGUUCACCUCAGAUCUAGUGUUUAUAGGUGAGUAUAAAGUUAUUUAAGUAUACAUUUUUAAUUUAAAAUGUAA